CUCAGUCUCCGCUCACUCAGUAUUGUAGAGAAGCGGAGAGAGGGUGGGUUGUGUGGACGGGUGAGCUGAGGAACUGAAAGAACUGGAGAAACAAAGCUCGCUUUGGAUUUAAACCGGUUUUUAAUCAGUUUUGGACAACAACACGGAUUUGGAACCGAUUCAUCUCGCUGUUUCUUUAGAUAACUUCGUGUUAAACUUCUUGUGGGGGUCUGAUUUCUCUUUGAACCGUAGCUCCAAAGCGGAAUGAAUGACCAAGACAAAGGCUGACCCCGGUUCUCCCACCCACUGCGCCUCCUCGCCCCAGGGAAAGAGGAGCAGCACCAUGGAAAGCGGGACCCGCAGCGGAGGCGGUGAAGGCGGCGCUCAGCCUCCCGCCGGCGAGAAGAAGAAGCUGCACCGCGCCCCGUCUCCCGCCAGACCGCGGGACGUGCCCGGCUGGUCGCUGACCAAGAUCCGCGGGGGCAUCGGCGCUCCGGCGCUCAGCGUGAAGCCGGGCGCCAUCCACAUCGGCUCCCGCGUGUCUCGCCGCAGCCCCGGCGCGGGCAGGGAGCCCAAGGGGGAGAAGGGGAAGGCGGCGGGAAGAGGCGGGCAGCCCUCCUCGGUAGCGGCGGCGAGAAGCAGCGCCAAGCUGAACCGGAGGAAGACGUCGGACGCCAGCGCCGCAUCCGACGAGCUCAGCAAAGACUCCGGCUGCGCGCCGGGCAAACUGUCGGCCACGGACAGCAGCUCGGAGUUGUCGGACUGCGCCUCCGAGGAGCACCGGGUCAGCGCAGACGCUCUGAGCAGCGACACGGAGACCAGCAGCCGCGGAGGAGCGGCCGGAGAGCGGCGACUCAGGAGCGACGGAGGGGAGCGGCUCUCCUCGGGCGUGGAAGCCGGAGAGGAGAGCGUGUCGCCCGCGGACGAGCGCUCACUCGCCUCCCUGGAGAGCCGCGUGGCUGCCAGCACCUCGCUCGCCUUCUCUGACCUGACCGAGGAGCUCACAGACGGGGUUCAUGAGGAGUAUCUGAGAGAAAUCGAGGAGCUGCGCUCAGAAAACGACUAUCUGAAGGAUGAGAUGGAUGAGCUGCGCUCCGAGAUGCUGGAGAUGAGGGACAUGUACAUGGAGGAGGACGUGUACCAGCUGCAGGAGCUCCGACAGCAGCUGGACCAGGCCAACAAGACCUGCCGCAUCCUGCAGUACCGCCUCCGCAAAGCGGAGAGACGCAGCCUGCGUGUCGCCCAGACAGGUCAAGUGGACGGGGAGCUCAUCCGCACACUGGAGCAGGACGUUAAGGUGGCCAAGGACGUGUCCAUUCGUCUGCACAGUGAGCUGGAGACGGUGGAGAAGAAGAGGAGCCGCCUGGAGCAGGAGAACGAAGAGAUGCAGGUGAAGCUUCAGGACCUGGAGGUGGCCAAGCAGGUCCUGCAGGCCGAGCUGGAGAAGAGUAGAGAGAACUCCCUAAAGAAACGAGGAGCUCGGCCAAACAACAAACCCGACAAGAAGGCGUCACCUCAGCCUCCAGAGGACAGCUCGGACCUGAAGUGUCAGCUCCACUUUGCCAAGGAGGAGUCAGCGCUGAUGUGCAAGAAGCUGACCAAGAUGGUGAAGGACAAUGAGACCAUGAAGGAGGAGCUGGCCAAGUACCGCUCGCUCUACGGUGAUGUGGACGCCUCCCUGACCGUGGAGGACGUGGCCGACUCGCCUCAUACCCGUGAGGCCGAAGUAAGGGUCCACUUGAAGCUGGUGGAGGAGGAGGCUAACCUCCUGAGCCGCAGGAUUGUGGAACUGGAGGUGGAGAACCGCGGUCUCCGGGCAGAAAUGGAUGACAUGAAGAUCCAGGAGACGCCUGGAGGCUUGGCGGUGACCGGGAGCACUGGACAGCUGCUACUUUCGGCCUCGGCUGAGAACGUGAUGGAGCUUCAGAGGCACCUGCAGUUUGUGGAGGAGGAGGCGGACUUGCUAAGGAGGUCACUGAUGGAGAUGGAGGAGCAGAACAAGCUCCUGAUGAACGAGCUUAACCGCUACAAGUCGGAAUUUCCUCCUGACGCCGAGAUCGAGAUGUCGCCCACCACCAUCCUUCCUCCCGUCAUCAUUCCCUCAGAAAUGCCUUCCGAAGAAGUGCCGCUCAACGAGGCGUCUCAGGAGGAGUUGCUGGCAGCCAGGCUGCAAAUCGGCGAUCUGAGCGGAAAGGUAAAGAAGCUCCAGUACGAGAACCGCGUCUUGCUUUCCAACCUCCAGCGCUGCGAUCUGGCCUCCACUAACAUCGGUGGCCGGCCUGCCAUGGAGACAGACGCGGAGGCCGGCGAUUCGGCCGAGUGCGUACCCAGCCCGGAACACCGCGAGGGUCCGGUGGGAGGUGAGGGAAGCCACCCUCUGGAAGAAAAAGGUGUGGAAAAGGUGUCAGGAAGCAUCCAUGCCAACGUCUCACAGUGCCUCAGCAUAAAAGACCUCCUGGCCAUCCGUGACCAGGCCCAGCUUGUUACCUCAGCCAUCCAGCUCCUCACGUCAGCCGACUCGGACUCAAUCUACCGCAAAAUAGCGGGUGGAGAACCUGCUGAUGCGGGACUCAUGGAGAAGAACCAGGUGCAGGGCUCAAAUCUGCCACUGAUGGAGGCCCUUCAGACCAGACUUCAGGCCCUGCAAACCCAGCUGCAGAUGCUCAGUCAGCGACUCGAUGCUUUAGAGGAAUCCCCGGACAAGGAGGCGUCUCCUAUACCCUUACUGGCUCAAACUGCAGACACCGCAGACACUCAGGUCAACCAGAUCACGGCUCAUCUUAAGCCCCACAUUAGGGAGCAACUGGACGUCAAAAGUGCCGGAGCGUACCUGUGCAAAGCCGAGGAGGAGAGCAACAGCCAUAAAGACAGCAACAAGGAGCAGACGACGGACCUGACAGAGACCAACCCUGCACUGCUGCUGAAGCAGGUCUGGGAGCUGCAGGAGCAGCUGGGUGUGAUGAAGGAGAAGGCUGAGAAAGCACAGGAGGAGCUUCUGCUGGAGAGACAGGCUUUCCGUGACCACACCCACAGCUGCUCACAGAAACUCUCUCAGCUGCAGGAGGAGCACCAGAAGGCACUGGUGCGGCGGGACUUCCAACUGCAGAGUGUGAGUCUGCAGACGCGACUGCAGCAGAAGUUCUGGAGCCAGGAGAGGAACCUGCUGGUGCAGGAGUCACAACAGCUGAAGCAGAGCCUGCUGCUGGUCAGCCUCAAGCUGCGCUGGCUUCUCAAACAGUGGAGGCUCGGCAAGAAGCUGGACACGGAGGGCAAGGACGUCCUGGAGAUUAACAGUGUUAAGGACCUCCAUCUGCUUCUGGAGGAUGAGGGCCUCUCCCCUCACCAUGGAGACAACAAGAUGGCAGCAGCUGAGGAACAACCGACAAGCCCUACAACCAAAGAACACGGCCUUCCAGAGAAGAUCCACUUCCAGCAGUCCAGUGGUUUGAGCAGCACUUUGUCGGACCUAAAGGUGGCCCUGCAGGACCUGAACGCUGAACUACGAGAAGAGAGGCAAAGCUCCCAGGAGCUCACGCAGCAGUUUGCCCGAGCCAAGGCCUCCUGGGAGGUGGAGCGGACUGAGCUCAAAAGCCUCAUCACUCAGCUGGAGGGGAAGGCAACCAAGGUCUCUGUGGCUGAAAAAGACCAUCCAGACCUGAAAGGAGCGCUGAAGAGGGAGCGUGAAGAGCAUCAGCACUUGCUUGCAGAUUCGUACGCUGCGGUGAUGGACCUGACCAAGCAGCUGCAGAUUAGUGAGCGAAACUGGGGCCGUGAGAAGCUGGAGCUCCUGGAGCGCUUCAACCAGGAGAGGAACCAGUGGGAACUGCGGCUCCGUGAUGUCCAGAGCAAGGGCACACAGUCUCUGAACGACAAAGAGAAGGAAGUUUCCACAGAAGCAACGACAAAUGGAACAAACGGAACAGCCUUGCAGAGGACCAAAUCAAUUUCCUCCUUGUCAGAGCUUGAGAGUCUGCUAGACGCCACUCCUUUCCUUCCGGGUCAUGAGGUCAAUGGACUUGCAGGAGGAAAAGCGGGGAAACACCAUUUUGGUGACCACACCGUCCUUCUUACCGGCACAGACCUUACCGAUCUCAACCAGAAGAACUGGAAGUACCUGAAUAAUGAGUGGGCCUGUCUAGAAACAGCUGAACCCUUCAAGACCUGGGACUGUCCUAGCACUAGCUCUAGCACCAGCUUCCCAGAGCUGGAGCUGAGUGUGGAGCAUGUGCAGAGGAGUUACACUGCUCCAGACAAAACAGGGAUCCGGAUCUACUACAGUCCCCCCGCUGUGAGGAGGAUGGAAAGGAGAGCCAAAGAACACAAUCCAGAGGACGCCAAGUCAGGGCUUACGUCUCGGGGAGCUGGUGUCUGCGAUCCGACUUUGAUGUCUUCGGCAGUGGCAUCUUCAGCUUCCUCUUCGCCCUCAUCGUCUUCAUAUGAGCAGUGGCUGAGCUCACUCUCCCAGCAACACAGAGACCUGCUGGAGGGCAGGGCAGGUGUGUCUGCGCCAUUCCAUGGCCUGGAGAUUUCCGGCAACCUCAGCGAUGACAUGAAGGAGAUGACCAACUGUGUACGACAGGCCAUCCGUUCCAGCUCUCUGGAGCGGAAGUGCAGCAAGGACGCUGGAAGCCAGACGGUGGGAGUCACCAGCACAGGAACGCAAACAGCCCAGUUUGUUAGCGUGGGGCUGCAGACAGACGGCCCUACCUCUUCAACCACGAGAGGAGCGGGACUUCACGGGAAGGUGUGGUCUCCUCGCCCCUCCUCUUCUCUUGCCUCAGCGAGGUCACGGCAGAUCUCUUCGUCACUGGAGAAGGUGCACAGUCGCAUCGACCGGCCGUGCUGCUCUCCGAAAUACGGGUCGCCCAAGCUCACGCGAAGGGUCUCCACAUCAUCCUCCAAACUAGAGACCUCCUCUACGUCAUCCAGGGACCGAAGCGUUUGGAACUUGCCCAACCGUAGUGGGUCACAGAAUGGUUCAGCAUGGGCUCGAUCCACCACCACUCGUGACAGCCCAGUACUCAGCGGCCUGAACGAUGGCCUGUCGAGCCUCUUUAGUGUGGUGGAGCACUCUUCAAGUAUGGAAUCCUUGUGGAAGGGUGACACAUGCCCAGGAAAGCAAGCGGCAGGUAAGCCCUCCUGCCCUAGUGUUGGCAUCAGCAUCGGUGACACUGGAGCGCAGAAAUAUGGAAUCGUCCAGGAGUUCCUACGCAAUGUAUGCGGGAGGACAGGACCAGCAGGGCCUGGAGAGAGGAAUGGAACCAUAGACGAGCCAAAGCCUGAGUGUCUGUCGGGUGCUCUGAUCGGCACUGAUAGCGUCACGAAGAUUGUAAACAAGAGAUUUAUGAGACAGACGCAACGGGACGAUAUAGUGGUCAGCAGUGGAAAGGACUCCAGCACUGUUAACACCAGUACCAGUAGCCUGGAGGACUCAUCCUGUGACUGCACCUCACAGUCCCUCACUACCUGCUUUGCUCGCUCCUCCCGCUCCACCGUUCGCCAUACCCACAGCCAGUGCAGGCACCGCCUACAGGAAUCAGCCCCGACAUCUGAGGAGAAACUGGAUGCCAGUAAUGAAUGAUAGGGGAUGGAGUGUGGUUUCCUCUCAGUACAUAACAGCACGCACUCACAGACAGACAGACACACUGCCACAAAUGCACUGCCACACACACACUCGUGCAUAUACACAAACACACAGAACUACACGUUAUAUCUGGAAUCACACAAGGCACGAUGGAAGUCCUAUCUAGAAAGUUCAAGACCCAGAGAUCAUCAUAACCAGCACAUUUGUAAUGCCAAGGGAAGAGGAAGCAGACAGUCUUCCUCUUUAUCUCCUCCGUUCCAGCAGCAUCAUCAACACCACCCUACCAGCAAGACCUUCCUUAUAAGGUCACUAUUCCUUAUCCAGCCAGCAGGACAGCUCAGCUCUGCCGUCUUAAACAACUCAACUGGACUGUGGACAGCCAAACAACUCAAUAUACACAAGAUGUCACUAGGACCUACUGAGUUCAGGGGAAUCAGCCGUCUCAGAGGAUGAGUGGUGAGGGAUUUUUGGCUUUUAUGGUCCUAAGCAUACACAGCUUUACAUAAAAAAUCCAGGUGCAGUUUAAAGAAAAUUAAAAAAGGAAAAACUCAAUGCAACUUCUUGGUUAAUCUGACUGAAGAAAAACUACUGGUAAUAUCUGUUGCUGUAUUCACACCCUCACAGUAACCAGUAAUCAGAGGAUACAACGUGAUCCACAGUGCGCUUCAUUGCAGUGCAUUGUGCAGUCAGCAUUGCCCACUAGAAACAAAACCAUGUCUAGAUUCCUCCUAAGAUCAAGCAUUGUCUGUGGAUCUAUCUGCAUGAAACCCAGUUGGACCUCCCAGUCGUGAUCUCCUAAACAUGCCUACAACUUUUAAAUUUGCUUACCAUGACCAGUCUACAAAAAGAGCAGAUUUUUGGGACCACUUGUCAUCUUAAAAUCAAAAGUCCAAUGAUGAUCUUCUGCUUGAAACGAACUGCCUAAACUGUCCAUGCCCACUUUUCUAGAGUUUGCAGAAUGAGAUGUAUAGUCCUGUUAUCUUGUGGCGGAUUUAAACCUUGAUUUUGACUUUGAAUACCUGAAUAUUCCUAUUACUGCUGUGUUGCUGCAAGAUAAAAAUGAUAAUGAUGAUGAUAAUGAUGAUGAUGUGUUUGAUAGACUGAAGAUGUCAGCUGAAAGCACAUGUUGGUAGCUGUAGUGUCCCAGAUAGCAUGCCCAUGUGGGUAGUAUAGGGUACACUAUGGGGAAAAACAUGAUCCCCAUCUGGGUUGUAUAUAACACAGAUAUAGAGCCUAGGUAUGGCCCAUGUAAUGCCCCAUAUGUGAUACAAUGGAGCCCAUUUGGAACUGGAGCCAACUGGGUCCUAGAAACAAUACAAUGUAAUAAACCCACUCAGAACCCACUUAGGCUGCCCUAAAACCCACAUGAGCAUGUUGGCUGUAGUAUAGGAUCUUUUUAAGAUUGUACUGUAUGCGUGAGAUCAUUAGAGAGAGCACUAAAAAACUUUGCCUAUUUCUAUAGAAGAUUUUCUAAAUGACUUUUGGAAGAAAAGAAAAAAAAUACAAAUGGAAUUGCCUCCUUGAUCCAGUGGAACCAGUGGAAAGCUGUGUGUGUGUGCAUGCAUAAUCUCCUCAUUAUGUGCACCUCAGAAUGUCAUAGCAUAAGGUAAUUUUUUUAAAAGCCUCUCCCCGCACAUUCUGCCUCUCUUAAUCCAUCAUAUGUAUGCAGAGCACACCUGGUGUAGAGGCUGUUCUCUGCAAUUUAGAAAGAAACUAAAGCGAGAGUGUAACAACAUGAACCAGCUCCCUCUAUCCUGCCUCGUUUCCUCUUCAUUUCAAUACUGUUUAAUGCCCUUGUCAACUUGCCCUUGCUAGUUCCUCUCAUGGGAAUCCCUGAUGAAUUCUUAGAGCCCACACCAUUAUUGCGUUAGCUCAAAUUAAGUUAGCUGAAUGCUUGUAGGAAAUGAACCGACAUAAAUAUAGACUUUUGGAAGCAGAAUUUGCCCUGAAAAUAUCAGAAAAUAUCUGCAAUCUGAAAAAAGACCAGGAUAAUAAGUCUAAGAAAGAAUACUGUAUUUUUCGCAGGGUUCCCGCAGGUCCCUAAAAACUCUUAAAAUGUCUUAAAUUAAAAUCUGGGUAAUUAAGGUCUUAAAUUGUCUUAAAUUUACUGUUAAUUUGCUGUAUGUAUUACAUUUUCAAAUGGUGCAUUUAAUGCCAAUGGGAAAUCACAGUGGCCCAUCAUAAACAUCUAAUCCGAGGAGAGAACUAAGGGUAGCAGAGAGCCAGCUAACAUUAGUGGUGAGUUAGCUAACAUAUUAACUUUAGUGGCAAGCUAGCUAACAUGCUAACUUUAGCUAGCUAAAGCGAGCUAGCUAACGUUACCAGGGAUAGCAGUUAGUACUAAGGUUACAGUACUAGGAACAGUAAAGCCACUCUGAAAUGCAGCGUUAUAAAGGAGUUUCAGUGACAUUUCUCCAGCGCAGAGGUUGGAGAAGUAUUAGCAUUAGCUGCUAACCACAGCGCUAGCUUUUUCGCCAUUCAGAGUCUGCUUGUUUAUCAUGUUAUGUGAAACGAACCGCAAGCUGAAAGAGCCCUGACUUAACAAAACAUUCAGGGUCCCUAAAUGCUGUCGGGCAGCAUUUACUAGUGCUAAGAGCUGCUAACCGUGGCUAGUGCUGCUGCUAACCCCUGCUGUUGAAAAUAUUGGAAAUCUAAGCUUACUGUAAAUAAACAGAAGAGCUUCACUCACCCAAAUAUACAGUUUUCAAGAGAAGAUGUAGAUUACUGUGCGACACCCUUGUUUCUUACUACUUUCACCUAAAAUACGCCUUAUAAUCUGGUGCGCCUUAUGUAUGAAAAUAGACCAGAAAAAGACAAAUCAUUGAUAGUGCACCUUAUAAUACGGUGCACUUUAUAGUCCAAAAAAUAUGGUCAUUAAAUAGGUCAUAUUUCAAACCAAUAACAUUGGAUUAUUUAUCCUGAAUGGGCUAGUACUUCUGUUACAACUGCUAAGCAGUCCCAUUCACACCCAAAGUUUUUUUUAGUAUUUAGAGGCAUAUACCUCCUGUAUAUAACAUUCCAGCUUUGUUUCAUGUUCUCACUUGGCAUUAAAUGACUAGUAAACAGGAUGCCAUCUCUAAAUGUUAACUUUCCUGUUUAGAAAAUGUGUAACUGUGUAAAAGUGCAGAGCUGAAUAGGCAGGGCACAGUUCUCUCUCUACUCCGCUAGCUUGUUAGUUUGUAAGCUACAGGUUAUGCAGCUAACAACAACAGCAAAAUAAAAACAGGUGAUUAAGUACCAUAAGUUACUUGUUUCAGAACUAAAGCUUAACUGAAGAGUGUAAAAUUAUUGUAACAAACUCUAAACUACUUAGAAGCCUUUUUUUAAGGCUGCUCAAAAAGAGUUAGCAUCUCAAAGUUUGCUAACUAGCUAGCUUAGCUAGCUUGCUCUCUGAAGCUGACACUGCUUUGUUUACUUAACUACAUGAGUUUAGACAGGCUAAAAAGUUGUAUGUUUUUGCUUUAUUUUACAACCGCUGUAACUGAGUCCAGUACUUAAGUUAUGUUUAUGAUUCCAUAGUUGUGAGGUGAUUCUAGCAGAGGGCAUAAAAGUGCAUAAACAGUACUGAAACAGAGGCAUGGUCUUAACCAAUUAAAGCUAGUCACAUCCUCCAUAUUGUCUUUGUCACUCAAAAACAUUGUAUCUAACUUUUUUGUUGUCUUUUACUUUUGAACCUUAUUUGAAUCUGGCAGAUGUUUUAAAAAAUUUAUUUUUUCCAAAUGAAUUAAUGAUCUAAUUUCAAGGCAAUAAAUCAUAUUUUUUCUAAAAUUUAUUUGUCUUAGUAAGCAUUGUGAGUAGGAAUAAUUGAUCUUAAGCAGUCUCAGUUAGAUUUUCCACCUUAUUUUAGGUCAUUUUAACUCAAAAUUAGCACAAAAAGUUCUUGAUUUGCUUGAUUUAAGUUUUACUUAUUUUUAAACUUAUUUUGAGACGUUGAUAUGCUUAUUUUAAGAAAUCUUACUAUUUAAAAUUUGCUUAUCCCAUUGGCAGAUUAAUGUUUAAUAUAAGCUUUUAAUAUAAGCAUAUACCUCUCAAUUAAAUUUCAAAUAGACUUUUUGCAGUAUGUAAAGUUACCAUUUUUCACCCCAUGACAGCGACAAUUAAAUUUUCACUUUUUGAUAAUUUAAUACUAUAUAGUAUAAUAUAAUUCAAAUAUAUAUAUUACUAUUUGCUGAUAUGAUUAUGAUAGUUUGACUACUUCUGUUCUUUGGCAUUGACUUAAAAAUUGAGUCAUAAAAAGGUUUCUUCCUUCUCUUGUAAAAAAUGCCAUUUUGGAGAUACAAGGUUUUUGUGUGACAAAGGUGAUAUAGAUUACACACAGGCCAACUAAUCAUUAGUUUCAUUUUAUCUCAAGAUUUAGGAUGCAAAAACACAUUCCCUCCAUCGCUUGAGUCUGUGAGAGUUAAUAGAGUUGAAUGGAUUUAAUGAUGAAUUUUGUGAACAUAGUGAUUUUCAUUCCAGAAUGAUCUUGUUUUGGAGUGAAUUCUGAGAUGUAAGCCAUGGAAAGAGUUAGAUAAGAAAGUAGCUAUGCAGUUACUGUCAUUUCUGCUUGCCUUUAAAUCAGAGACACUGCUCUCAAAUCAGAGUUUUGGAUAGUGAGUGCUGGAUAGCUGGACCUUUUUCCACCUUAAGCUAUGUGUGCUUCUAGCUGUUUGGGAUGGAAUGGUGCUGUAAUACUGAAAAGCUUUCUCCUGAUUUAAGUGCUUUUAUGCAGCUGGAGACGGACAGGUCAUGACUGUCUUUUUUAGCUGAACCUCUAUAGAAUGAUGAGGGGAGCGGGUAAUUCAUCACAGUGACUGUAGAACACUGGGAAUAGUGAUGCCUUGGAUUUGUAUCAUUUCUAUGUGAUUAAAAUAGGCAACAUCAACACUAUUUUGAUUAAUGUUGGCACGGUUUUUGUUGAUGUAGCAUAUAGUGUUUUAUUCAUGUGGAAAUGAUGCAUAGGUUUAAAUUAGGGUUGCAGCGGUAACUGGUGUUAUGGUACACCAUGGUAUGAAAAUGGUUAUGGUUAUCAUACACUGAUGUUUGCUGGUUACCAUUAUUGGUAAAACAUGAUUUUAACCACCCUGCAGUCUUAAGCCCUAUCCAGACAGGAUUAGUUUCUCAGGGGGUCCUGAGGUUUUUGCUGAACUCUGAUCUCUGAGUUUCAUCACCUCGCUUUUUAUAAAAUUGCUAUCUGCCAUGCACCGUAAUUACACUAUGGGCAAGCGUUUCCACGGAGAUCGACGUAAACACAACAGCAAGUGGAAAUGGAGGAGCUACUGAACGCGAUGUCAUGUUACAGAGAAAGCCUGAAAACUCACUGGUCCUCCUGUUUUCUCAACUGCAGUCACUGAGUAGAAGUGUGAAAAAAAAUUCACAGAUGUCCCCCUGAGAAACUAAUCCUAAUCCCAUCCGGAUUGGGCUUUAGUAACUGUUGACACAAACAAACACAGCGAAGAAAAAGACAAAGAAAAGCUGAUUUGACCAUUCCUCUAAAAAUAAUAUUAUAAUCAGCAGUGUGAGAUUACUCUGGAUACCCGGCAAAAUUAAUGCAGGGUCAAAAAAACAGUUUGCCCUCAAAUAUAAAUGAGAAAUCCAGCUCAGAAAACAACUUGUUUCCAGAAAUUAAAUCCUAGUUAUGAUACUGUGAAAUUUUCUUAAAAAUUGAUCUUACAGUAUAAACCUGUUUGCAACCCUACUUUAAAUUAAAUUAAAAUUAAUUCAGUGCAUCAUGGUUUUCAGUGUAGAUGUGGCAGCCCUAUCAGUCAGCAGUAAUCUGUGAACUGUAAAGGCAAGAAAAUCAUGAUGGCACUUAAACACACACACACACACACUCAAAUACAGCUGCUAUCACUGGGUUCGCACUGCUUUUCACACCCACACACUCUUUCCCUCUCUCCUGCUGCCUCUCAGGUGCUCUCUAUUGCUCUCAUAGACACACACACACAUACACACUGCUUCUCUAGCUGCCAAGUAAUGGCGGUCAGGCUCUUUUGUAUGUGUCUCUCUUUCUCUCUCUCUCUCGCCGCAGCCACUUGCUGACUCAGCUCUUUUAUAAAUAGGGCAUUACUGGUGAGACACAUUUAUUCCCCCAUUCCCCUGCGAAACUGUCCACGGCGUCUGCUCUAAUUGUCAAUCAUUGACAGGCGGCCAGGACACCAGCGCACUCUGCAUUAUUCCGUCCGCCCACCGGCGCCUCCUGUACGAGUGCCGAAAGCCCACAGCCAUACCUCUCGCUGCUGCUACCUCCUCCUCCUCCUCUCCGCACCGAGUCCAGCGCUGCUCCUGAUUCGCUCUCUUUUCGUUCAGAAGGUCACAAGAGUGCCUUUCUUUGUUUCCGAAGAAAUCAAACAAGAUGUCUCGUUUAGUCUUAGAGGAACUGCCUGCUAGGAGACCACAGGCCAGUUUUUUAUCUAUGCUGUCAGCUUUAGUUGGGUGUACUUUGUGUUGUGCUACCAAAACAGAUUUUAUUUUUAUUAUUUUGCACUUCAUGAGGACACAAUAUUUUAUACUGAACAAUGGAAAAUUUUCCAUGAAAUACAAGAUGGUUGGUUAUUUAAUGUAUGCAAUUGUAAAAAAAAAAAGUUAUUAAAUUGGUUUCAUUUUGUUUGGUUUAAAUUUUGUCCAAAACCUAGUUUCAGUGCAUCCCUAGCAAACCUCCAAAGAGACAAAUGUCUCUUUAAGAAACAUCACAAACAGAUAUUGCAUGAAUUGUUUAUGAAAACCAUUUUUUUACCCCCAAAAAAUAUACAUUUCCAAUUAUACAGAAAAAUAUCUCACAAUCAAAACCUUUUUUUAUUGGAUUUACCAAUAUUUUACUAUUAGCAACAAUAUGCACACUGAGAUGCCAAAAGUCAUAAAAUAGGAAUUGGUAUUGUAAUGUCCCAUAAAAGCUCAUAAAACAACACUACACUUAAUGCUGUUUUGCAGGAUGUGUGUGUGAUGCCUCCUACGUUUAAUGUGGGAGUGAGUUGUCUGUCUGCAUGGACAGUUCAUGCCAGAAGCUGCCAGUCUCGAUCAUUAGCACCCACUGUGCUGUCCACUGUGGGUGGUAAUGCUCUCUAUGAUUUAUUUAUGGUGCACAUGUGACACAGUGGAUUAAGGAACCACAAAUUCCAAUAAUUCUGUUUAUACUGCUGUCCAGUAACUUUUGGCAUGCCAGUGUAUUUGUGUCGUAGAUUUUUCCAACUACUGAUUUAUGAAGAAAUAAAAUUUUUGGACUUCUUUGUUUGUAAAGUGCAAUGCAUUCUGAAAAUCUUAAACAUCAGAUAAAUGAUUCAAAAUAGGCUUUUCUCACAUGGUGGAAAUUCAAAAAUGUGGUAGCAUCCAAAUGAGACCAAAGGAGCACAACUAAAAGUACACUCCACUACUGAUACCAUGUUAGUUUGAUUAUCGUUGAAGUCGUAAUUCUGACCUUGGUAAGACAUUUCUAGCCUUUUUGAAGUCUUUCUGGGACUUUUGCUUUUUUUUUUCACUGUAAAAAAAAACCUAAAUUCAUACCUGACCUUUAGUGUAAUUGUCUCUUCAAGUGGCUCUUAAACCUUCAAGUGUGUUUUGUGUAUUGUGUAUGUUCCUGAGUAUGGGUCCAAAUGAUCCCUUUAAAAAAAAAAAAACACACACUGCCAAGGGGGAAGGACCGAUGCUUAGAGAUCAGUUUCCGAGACAAAAAUGACAAAUCUGAACUCCAGCCAAGUUCUUUAAGUCCUUAUCGUGAGACGGACUUCAAAACCAAACCUUUCAGAUGAAGCAGUUCUCCUGAUUUCAGAAGAAUUACCUCCAAACAAUUACACUAAUCACAGUCUCAGUCUUCUCGGUUAACCAGCGUACAUGCGGGGUCUCGGCUCACAAGAUGAAAAGAGCUGAUUUGUCUGAUAAGCCCCUUUUUUGUUCAACCAUCAAAGUCCUCAAACCCUUUUUCCCUUCUCAUCAUGUCCCGUCAUCCACUCACACUGCCUAGCAAUAUGUAAAUGACCUAGUAGCUUAAUACCAUUUGCUAAGUUAUUGAGAAUGCUUGUAUAUUUUGUUUUCUCCUUCUUUAUAAAAAAAAAAACUUUUAUUAAAUGAGACGAUAAUGAAAAGUGAAAACACACACACACAUACACACCUCUUAAUAUUGUAACUUGAAAACAAAUAUCCUGUACAUAAAUAUACGAUUUAUACUAUUUCUAUCCUCCUGCAGGAAAUCUCUUGAAUGUUCUCUGAAUUUGAGCUUGACCUCUUGUAGCCCACCUCCUCCCCUCCCAGAAGAACUUGCGAAUUUCUCUUUUAUUUGUGUGCGUGUUUGUAAAUAGCUCCAUUUUGGGGAAUAGAAAUGCUGUAAUAAUAAUAAUUCAUCGCAUCGUUAUUGGGUGUGGGGAGGGGGUUGGAAUGGUUGUUGCCUCAAAUACUGUAUAACUUUCCUGUUUGUCAUAAUUCACAAAUAAAUGUUUGUUGACAAAA